AAGCUUAAUCUAAACAUAUAUUGGAUACAGAACAAUUUAUGGCAGCAGCAUAUGUUGGAGGGGCUGCUCUUGAGGCAACAUUUUUAGAGGUUUUUGCAGUGUUGCAUGACACAGUUAAGAAUGUGGGAAGCAAAGCCCAUAUGUUCAAACCCAUUCUUAAACACCUCGAAUCCACGCUAGAUCGUUUAUUGCCUAUGAUCAAAGAUAUAAAACUACUAAGCCAACAACUUGAUUGCCCAGAAGAGGAAACAUUGGGCUUGAUCGAAGAAAUGAAAAAGGGUGAGAAACUGGUUCGCAAGUGCUCGAAAAUCCUGUGGUGGAACUACUGUUUCAAGGUCCAUUACGCCAUUAAACUUUGCAAGUUGGAUGAGGACAUUGCAAGGUUUGGUCAGGUUGAUUUGCAAAUGCGGAAGACUACAUUGGUGCAAAUGCUUUGUCCUGAUGACAAAAUUGAAGCAAUGUCUUUAGUACAGUUACUCUUUUCUUACAAAGAAACUGGAGCUUUAUGUGCAAUGAAGGAAAUUGAAUUAUUUCCUGAUGACCCAAAAUCUGCAGUGUGUAUAAAGCAGUUACAGCAGGAAAUCAAAGUUCUCAGCCAGCUGAAGCAUCCAAAUAUUGUGCAUUAUUAUGGUAGCGAAAUAAGUCUGUUGUUCACAAUUUUACUCGCCAUAUUCUCUCUGGGUUGGCAUACUUGCAUAUCACAAAGACAAUUCACAGGGACAUCAGAGGGGCUAAUUUGCUUGUUGAUUCAUCUGGAGUUGUCAUGCUUGCUGAUUUUGGGAUGGCUAAACAUCUUACUGAACAAGCAGCUGAUCUCUCUUUAAAGGGAAGUCCAUGCUGGAUGGCUACAGAGCUCAUGCAAGCUGUGUUGCAGAGAGAUUCCAGCUCUGAUGUUGCUCUUGUUGUAGAUAUUUGGAGUUUGGGUUGUACUAAUAUUGAAAUGC